UGUUAUAGUAAUGCAUCAAAAGCUAAUAAGUUCGAACCAAGAAGGAGGAGGUUAGAAUCUAGCAUUGUAAUGAUUUAUCGUAAGACGCACGUGUGCAUGGGUAUUAGAGUCGACAUGUAUGCGACUCUAUUAAACUCUUCAUGUCCGGUUGUGGCGGGCGAGUGCUGAUUUUGUGCGUUUAGCAAUGUUCUUUUAGUGAUAAUUUACCUAUUACAUUCUUAGCCUAUGGUACAUGAACAUAUACAUUUACACUGCGUAAUUUCAACCCAGCAUAUGUUACAUUAUACUUGAGUGUUUGUGAUCAGGGCAUGUACAUGUACUGUGGAAGGACAGCCUCGUGUAGUGGGAUAGUGUCAUCAAUGUUACGUUUAAGGAAAGAGUUGCAUAAUUUUAGCUACCCAUGUACAUGUAUAUACUGUUGAUAUUUCGAAAGUUAGAUUAUAAAUGCAACUCUUCAGUGUAAUGUCUGCUAGCAUUCCCAUUGGAUUCGUUGUUUCCGAUUUUUAACAGUCAUUGGUGAUUCGAUCGUGAUUUAAUAUGCAUGUACGUGUACAUUGCCUGUUUUAAUCAGCCUAUGAAAUGAGGGAUUUACGUAUUUGCGGAAACAGUCUUACAUGCAUGUUCGUGUUUGAAUUAUUAUUUUGAUUUCUGAUGCAUGUACUGUAGCUGGCAUUAUAUUUCUUCUCACAAAGACUUACAUGUACACCUACAUGUAGGGCAUGUAGCUCCAACCUAGCUGAUUUAUGGGCCAAGAUGUGGGGGUUGUCGAGUUUUAACUCUGUUAUUUGGGUAUGUCACUUCUAGAAAGCUAUAAGAACUUGCUAAUUGCUUAUAUGCAGCUGUGAGCACUUGUAAGUAGUCUGGUAUGGCUUGUGGUUGGCUGUCAACACUUUCAACAAGAAAAGGUUACAUUGCAUCUAAUGAAUCUUAUUAUAGGCCUUUGAUGUAAAGGUCACUUUACCUUCUUUAUAGUCGCUAGAUGUACAUGUACACGAAUUUAAAAUUCUUCUUAAGAUAGUAAUUUCUAGAUAUUCCCAAGAUUAUUUAUAUUUAUUUUAAAUAUAUGAUUAUAGCCUAUUUAUAUUUUAUUAAUAUUGUUAGGCAUAUGUGUUUGAAUUAGAUGAUUAAUAUAUGAGGAGAGUGAUAUUCCUACCACUUUAAUAAGAAGUAAGCUGAUUGCCCAAUGUUAGAGUGUCAGGCUACAUUAACAACAAAUGACAUUGUUAUCAAUAAAUUGACACAAGUCCUGUCUUACUUGAGACAAAGUAAGGGUCAAGGAAGAUGAAAAAGAAGGAGAAAGUGUCUAAAAUUUCAUUGCAAAAAUUAUUUGCUCCAAAACAGGUACAAAUUGAAAUGAGUGAAUUAUCAGCUCUAAGAAACCAGCUGUACAAAAGGAAGAGAGUAUAUUUCCUGAUAUGGGUGAAUACAAUUUUGAUGCAUCUGCAUUUCUGUCUAAUUUAUCAAAGAGAGAUCAACAGUUAUUCACUAAAAGUGAACCCACACAAGAUUAUGAAGACAUUAAGAAAGCUACUAAAGAUUUUGUCAAGGCUGUAGGGGAAAAGUAUGCUGAUUCUUCGUCCAUUCAAGGUGAGAGGGCUCAUUCUGAUGGUCCACUACCUUCUGGUUGGUCUGCAGGAGAAGAAGAUAGAACACGUGCUAGAAGCUCCAGUACCAAAGCAACAGAGCCAGUUUUUAUGAAGAAAGCAAAAACUGAUGACGUUGGAUUUGGUGGUUUAGAUCAAGAUCAUUAUGCUGAAUGCUAUCCUGGUGGUAUGGAAGAAGUGGAUGCAACUGUCAAUAGUGAUGAUGAAAUUGACUUCUCUAAAAUGGACGUGGGUAAUUGUAUGGAAACUAUCAGUCAUCAAGGGAAGCACUACCAAAAGCUGCUUUCUAGUAUCGCGUUAAAAUGGAUGACGGUCGUAAGACUCGUAGACAAGGUGUCAAGAAUGAGAAAGCUAAACUGGACAGAGAAUGGCAGCAGAUCAGUCAGAUUCUUCAAAAAAGAAAGUCAAGUAAAACAGAGUUUGAUUCCAAGCGCCUCAAGACUUUAGAUUAACUUUGUAAAACAUUUAAUUGUGUCACAAAUAGUCAUUAAAUGAUUUGGAAAUACAUGUAAAUAAUACUAUUAAUUACUUUUUAACAUUAAAGAUAUUUUGAUUACUGUA